AACCAAAGGCUAAUGAUUUGUGAAAGUUCAAAAUAAGUUUGAAAAUAUUCCAAAUUCUCGUCGUGAAGGAACCAGCAAUACUUAAUGUGCUAAAGACAAUAUUAAUCCGAUUACAUCCAUUAAGUGGUUGCGUCCACUCUCAAGCCAGAAAAAUCGCGUUUUUUGUGAUUGUUUUGAAGAGGAAUUUAAUUUGACAUACCGAAUUUAAUAAACUUUCAUAAUCAGCGAUUAAUUUUGAAAUAUUAUUAAUUCUCUUGGUCCCGUUGUCGAUCUAAAAGAGGACCUCCGAAAGAAGGUCUUUAUCAGCGAGUAAGAAUUUUCUGUUUGAAAAAAUCUCAAAUCCAACAACCAGAAACAAAAAUAUUACUACUAUAAAAGAAUACAAAAUAGUUAGAGGUCGAUGCUUUCGCGGAAUAUGCGUUCAUUCUUCGACCUCUAUUAUGGACGCGGUAGUGAAGAAUUCGAGACAAAUGAAUCGUUUCAGUUAAUACUUUGGUGCUGGGCACUAAUUGGCGUCAAACCAUGGAAACCCUAUGGAUUAUUUCGAUCAUUGCAAAUGGCGUUCUGCUGGAUUUGUCUGCUAAUGUGUCCGUUCACUUGCAUUGUCGGCUUCAUUCAAGUAUCAAAGCAAACGUCAUCAAUGACCGUUAUACUUACUACUCUACAAACGACACUCCAAUCGGUGUCUCUACCUUUGAAGGCGCUCGUUACGGCAUUUUACUUAGAUCGUCUACGUAGUGUUGAACCGAUUUUCAAAACUUUGGACGGACGCUAUCAGAAUCCACAGUCACGUUUCGCAAUAACGAACAACGUUAUCCAAUCGACACACUUGUUCGUAACUCUUGUCGUUUCAUAUUUCACUUAUGGCACCAUUUCUUGGCUAUCAUCAGCUUUUACGCACACUCAACCUCUAAACAUAUGGUUGCCAUUUUUUCACUGGAUUCCACAUCCGACCAUACACUUUUGGCUUCAUUUUGUCAUAGAGGUGGUUUAUUUACACUAUUUACUGAUCGUUCAAUGCAUGAACGAUCUAUAUCCGGCUGUUUACAUCAAAGCCUUACGUACACAUAUUACUUUGCUUGCGGACCGCGUCAGCAGAUUGGGCGAGAAUCCGGAACUCACCGACGAGGAUAAUUAUCAAGAAUUAAGUGAUUGCGUACGCUCACAUCAGGAAUUAUUGCAAAUCUCAAGGGCUGUCGGCUCUGUGAUCUCCAUCACACUCUUUAUACAGUUCACAAUAGCCGCCACUGUGCUCUGUGUUUGCAUGCUCAAUCUUUUUUUAUUUGCCGACGCGAGUCAUCGGGUAAUUACGAUUGUCUAUUACCUUUGUGUGCUGUCGCAAACCUCACUCACUUGCUAUCAGGCAUCGAUGCUCGAGUUGGACUGCGAAAAGUUGCCCGAUGCGAUCUUCCAUUGCCAUUGGUGGGAUAUGGAUAAACGUUCUCGUCGUCUGUUGAUCUAUUUUUUGCAUAGCGCUCAGAAGGAAAUCUCUUUUGUAGCUGUUAAGUUUUUUAAAAUUAAUUUGGGUACUAAUUUGUCGAUCGCCAAAUUCUCAUUUUCUUUAUAUACCUUCAUGAAUCAAGUGGGCGUUGGACAGGAUGUGAAGCAUGAAUUCGAUUAAGGAAUCGAAGAUAUAAUAAUUUUCAUCAAAAGUGUUGUCUAAGCUGAGAUUAUUGUAGUUUUAUUAAUUUGAUGUUACUUAUUUUAAGCUAAUAUCAAGCUAUUCGUUGUGCUUAUCGUUGUUAAACACUACUUGUAUUUAUUUUUGAAGAAUAAAAUAAUCAGAAUCUAUGGUUUGCAUUAGGUCAGACCAUUACCGU